AUGGUCGCGAAGGAUGCCAAGAUCAUCGUUGUCGGGGGUGCUGGUACAAUGGGGUCCUCAACUGCGCUUCACCUCUCGCGAAGAGGCUAUACCGAUAUAAGAAUAUUGGACAUGUUUCAGCCGCCAUCUAGCAACUCAGCCGGUAAUGAUAUGAACAAAAUGAUUAGUACUCAUUAUAUGGAUGGUAUAUGGGGUCGACUGGCUUUGGAAACUUUUGAUGCAUGGAUGAGCGAUUCUCUUUUCACUCCGUUCAUACAUCCAGUCGGACGGCUGGAUUUGGCAAACCAUGACAAGGAACGAAUCAAGACCCUUAAACAUCAAUACGGAUUGAGUGUAACAGCAGGGCGAGGAGAUAAAGUUGAAUGGUUGGAAACAAAGGAAGAUAUACUGAAAAGGGGUCCACAUAUGAAAGAUGCUGAUAUAGAGGGCUGGACAGGGUUAUGGGCCAAAGAUGCUGGAUGGCUUGCUGCUCGAGACGCUUUAACAGCUGUUGGAGCGGAGUUGAGAAAGAUCGGUGUGAAGAGCGCGUUCGGUACAUCGGGAACCUUCAAGUCGUUAAUUCUGCACGAUGACGGUAAAACAGUACUGGGAGUCAAAACCAUCGAUGGUACCGAAUGGACAGCAGAUCUUGUCAUCCUCGCUACAGGGGCUUGGUCACCUACAUUGAUAGACCUAGAAGAUCAAUGUGUGUCCAAGUGCUGGCAAUUUGGUCAUAUCCAACUUACUCCGGAGGAGACCAAGGCUUUACAAGGCACACCUUCUAUGUAUACUGGCGAGCUAGGCUUCUUCAUGGAACCAUCCCCACACGGAGUUAUGAAAUUCGUCAACGAGUUCGAAGGUUACACUAGAAUGGCUACAUGUCGUCCUUUCGGUUCAGAUAAAGACAUCAGAAUGUCUGUACCCCGAUCGCACGCUUUACACCCGACGGAUACAAUCCCAAAGGAGGGAGAAUUGGCUAUUCGAAAGCUCAUGAAGACAUGCUUCCCUCAGUUCGCCGACAGACCUCUGUUUGACACAGCUAUCUGUUGGUGUACUGAUUCAUACGAUGGCAACUGGUUACUCUGUGACGAUCCGAGAUACAAGGGUUUGAUCUUGGCAACUGGCGAUUGUGGACAUACCUUCAAGAUGCUUCCAAUUGUUGGUAAAUAUGUAGCCGAUCUGAUCGAAGGCAAGCUUUCGGAAGAGGACGAGAAACGAUGGAAAUGGAGACCAGAAGGCAGAAACCCGGAUGAUACAGGACGAGAGGGGUUGAAGCCCCAAGAUCUUUCAGAUAAAGAAGGCUGGUGCCACGAUGGUGACAUCAACGGAGAUGCCAUAGUGGCUGACUUGGCUGGAAGGAUGGAUAACUCUAGAUUGUAG